UGUAAAACACGAAACAAUUUUGAAAAUGUGUUCCUACUUAUUAUUCGGAAUUUUUGCCUAAAUUAAAAGUGUUUUGUGAAAAAUUGUAAUUUUUGUGACUGUGGAAAACUUUUCGGAGUUUCUGUGACAAAAUAAGUGGACAAAUUUCAGUGUAAAGGAAAUUUUUACUAAUUUUGUAAAUCGUUAAUUUUAUGUAAGUUGAACAAUGGUGAAUUUUGUGAAAAAGUUACCAAUCGCCAAAAAAAACCAGCAGAUGACAGUGAAUUAAGGAAGAAUUAUCGAGUGAAAAAUUCAGUAUCUGGGAUGAACAGUCAUGACACCAGGAGCAGCCCUAAUGGUUCUGCUAUCAUUAAUGAUGACAAGUUCCGCCAUGACGAACUCAUCAUCACGGGCACAUCACACCCUCACCAGGAAGGUUUCGAGUGUGAAACUGAAGAGCGGUUACAUGGAAAUUGUUCAGGAAGAAACGUGCUCGGAUUCUCUUAUUCGACUGUAUUGCAGAUCACUGAGAUCGAUCAUUUUCGUUCUGGAAGCCGAAUAUCAUCUCCACGAAAGCAAGCACUGCGGUUACGAUAUAAAAGCUGUCGAAAGAGAACGUCAAAAAAAGUUACGUCAAUUAGAAGAACAAAAUCGAUUUUACAACGUAAAACUUGCAAGAUACAUGCGAGAACUUUACAUGGUGAAAGAAGAAAAAAAGUCGACCCAUGUUGAUUUUAGAUCGUCAUUGAACAGAAGAUGCUCAGGACAACAACAUUGUAGAUACAAAAUGUCCUCGGAUCAUCCUGGACCUCCUAUUUGGAAUCCAGCAAACAUUCGUGUAAAAUAUGCAUGUAUACCUGAAGUAGAAAUAAAAAAAUAUUGCAAUCUACAUGUGAAGGUGAUAGAGGGGGAGGAAGGUUACAUCAGAAAUCCAGGAUAUCCUCUCUAUUAUCUUGGAGAAAAUUCUUGUGGGUGGAUAUUUAGAUCUCUCCCUGGGCAGAGGAUAGAGCUGACAAUUCACGACCUCCAUAUUCGCGCUCAUGAGCUGGAUGGAAGCUGUGUGGAUGUCAUAAGAAUAAGAGACAGUGGCAAAACAGUUUACGAAAAUUGUGGAACCGCUGCUGGAAUUACUGUAAUUUCAAAUACAAAUUUAGUAACAGUUGACCUAGUUGCAUCGAAGAAUUUGUAUCCUGCUCGUGGAUUUUUGUUGCAAUAUAAAGUUUUAGGUUGUCCUGACGUAUCAGCACCAAACGGAAGCAUUGUGUCGAAUGGAACCCUUGAAACUAGAACUUUCCAGUGUCGAAUGGGUACGAUAUUUCCGGACUCAAAGCAAAGAACAAAAACAAUCGUUUGCAAAAAUGGUCGAUGGGACAUAAGCAUUCAAACUCUGACAAGUUGUGUUGCGUCGUCAGCAUUAAUUCUCAAGACUGAAGCAGAGGAGAAUCAUUUGUCCAGUCUAUCUGGUGACGACUUGGGUUCAGAGGUGAGAAGUGGUGGUGUUGGAUACGAAAACGCAGUCGCGGGUUUCUCAACUCCAGUUAUGGAUUCGGCGCAAAACAUGUUGAAGGAACCAGACUACAUCGUAGAUUUCAUUUUACCAACCGUCCUGAUUGCCUUGCUUUUCGUUGGAAAUGCUGUCAUUGUCUAUGUCAUUUUCCAGUACAGAAAAAGGAAAGCACCGUCUGAGGGUCACGUGGAGGAAGUUGCUUUAGACGCUGCGAAUGGAGGAGUUCCUCCAGUUUAGUUGGAAGGCUACUAAAGAUUAGUUUAGGACAAACGAGAGUAUCUAAUUAUGGCCUAAGAUUAUACUCAAAAACAACAGAAAAGAGGAGUCAUGAGAGUUUAUAAGAAAUCAACUCUUCGAUUUCUCUUAAUUUUUCAUGAACUCAUUUUAUCGGCGCGUGGCUCACUCGCUCUCGCACACACUAUUGCAUUUCCGAGUUCUGUUUUUCCUCAAAAAGAAAAUAAGGACGAUAUGAACAAACUGAAUUAUAAUUCAUCCAUGUGCCAGAGAGCAGAUACCCUAUGGCGUGUCUGCCCUCAAAAAUUCCUCUGCUUUUAUUUUUCUACCUUUUGUCAUCUCUCUUGCGCAAACAUUUCUCUUCAUCUGUUACAUUCUCAUUUUACGUUUAAUUUUUACUAAUGAUGUCACAGUUAUAUUAUUAUAAAUAUGUACUUUUAAUUAUUUACAAAGUUGUAUUAUAAUGUAGGAAGUUAUGUGUAUAAUAAAUAAAUAUAUAAUUAUAUAAAUAUA